AUGCUGCUACUUCAGCGUCGAAGUCGUCGUCCUUACUCGACGUUCUCGUCACUGCAAUUGCGCUGUCCUGCUGAACUACGAGCAAAUGCUCAAUGGAAUACGUCCGCAUCUUCUGAAGUAACAGAAAGGCUCAUGUUCGAUAGCUAUUGCGUCGUGCCCGACGCGCUACCAGUCGAAUACCUCACUCGUUUGCGUCACGAAAUGGAAACGUUGCACAAAAGUGGACACUUGUGGCCGAACGCAACGCACAUUUUACAAAAAGCGACGCAAACAAACACAAGUGACACGACAACGAAAACGCUACUUUUGGAGAAACGCGAUAUUUGGGAAAUCGAGUUGGCACUACUGGACCAAAUUCGGGACACGACAGCCGCUACCCCGUUUCUAAACGAUUUCGAUGACCAACAAGUGGUAUCCACAAAGCUGCGACAUGUGUUACCGACGUGGCUCGGACUUUCGGGUCAGAUGAUCAAAGGCCAGUACAAUGCCGGUCAAGGUGCUUGUUUCCCACUGCACUUUGAUACGUACGGAGACGACGGCAAGUGCGUGACGGCGGUGCUCUAUUUGAACCAGGGAUGGGAGCCCCAACAUGGCGGAGAGCUUGUGCUCUACCCAUUAGUGGUGCCAAGAUCACGUGUUGUGGUGCAGCCACAAUUGGGUACACUGGUGCUCUUUUCAUCCCAGCAAAUGCUGCACCGCGUGAUACCGGCAUUUCAACCCCGUUACGCUCUGACAACGUGGCUGUACCAUUCCCCAGGACCGCGUUUCAAAGCUGAAAGUGACGCUUUUUACCGUCAUUGCCAUCAUCGAUCUCGUGCUGCGAACGCAGCGGCAGUAGAACGAGUGUCAAGUGACAAAGAGAACGUGCUGUUCAGGUCCAUGGUCACGAAGCUUCUUCGCUCUGCUCCGUUUCGUCGACAUUUGCUCAAGUUGAUGCAUGAGCAAGAGUGGACGCAGUCCCUACGUGACUCCCACGUGCAUACGGAAGCAUUUGGCCAGUACAUGGCAACGCACGAGCACGAGUUGCAAGUGAUUGAGGCAGCCACGAGCCAGGUUCUUGAUACUUUUCGAGCCAAAGACGGCGGCAAGACUAGUCGAUUGCCUCGAACAAAGGAAGAGUUGAUGCAUCGAGUGACCGAUAAGGACAGCCAGAAGUUCCUCCAGAGUCUCCAGCUGCACUGGUUUUAG